CUUCCCCUCACCAUCGCUUCUCCACCUUAGACUUUGUAAGUGGCAGUGCUAUAGUAGCCACUGAGACACUAACUCUCUCACAAAUCAAUCGGUUUGGUUCUGCAACAAAAUGGCUUGUUCUGCUGCUUCAACGACAGCUCUUAUCUCUUCAAUUGCAGCCACUUCCAAAUUAACCCCCGGCCCCAUCUCUCAAACCCUAACUCUCCCAUCUUCCUUCUUCGGCCACCGCAAGCCCCUCCAGUCUCGCUCCCCUCGCUCCAUUUCUCUCAAUCGAACCUCUCAUUCCAGAAGAAGCUUUGUUGUUAAAGCUACUAGCGAACUUCCUCUUGUUGGAAACAAAGCACCUGAUUUCGAGGCAGAGGCCGUUUUCGACCAGGAAUUUAUUAAGGUUAAGCUUUCCGAUUAUAUUGGGAAGAAAUAUGUGAUUCUCUUUUUCUAUCCGUUGGACUUCACAUUUGUUUGCCCUACAGAGAUUACUGCUUUCAGCGACCGCCAUCAUGAGUUUGACAAGAUAAACACUGAAGUGUUGGGUGUUUCAGUAGACAGUGUGUUCUCCCACCUUGCAUGGGUUCAAACUGAUAGAAAGUCAGGCGGUCUUGGAGAUUUGAACUACCCUCUGAUAUCUGAUGUCACCAAAUCGAUUUCAAAAUCAUUUGGGGUGUUGAUUCCUGAUCAGGGAAUUGCUUUGAGAGGACUUUUCAUUAUUGACAAGGAAGGAGUUAUCCAACACUCCACCAUUAACAAUCUUGCAAUCGGGCGUAGUGUUGAUGAGACUCUGAGAACCCUUCAGGCAUUGCAGUACGUUCAGGAAAACCCGGAUGAAGUUUGCCCUGCCGGGUGGAAGCCGGGGGAGAAGUCCAUGAAGCCAGACCCAAAGGGGAGCAAAGAGUACUUCUCAGCAAUAUAGGGGUUACCUUUGAAACCCCGAUUUCGUAUCGUCUUCAGGUAGAGAGUUGUAAACAUUUUUUUUUCCGAUUUUCAUGUAACAUUUGUUAGACGCUUGAGUUUUGGAAACAAUUUCUGGAAUAAUGCAUUGGACAGGACUUGCAUCUUGUUUUUGUGAA